CACAUAAGCAGCUUCAGCUUUAAUAACGAUUUCUUCUUCCUAAAUUUCUUCUUCCAAUUUGAGAUUUAUAGAGGAUUUUGUUGGAGCUUUCUAUUUCAAUCGAUUCAUAAUUUGGUUUGAUUUAAUGGCCUUCAGAGGGCGGGGUCGGGGGCGGGGAGGAUUUAAUGGCCAACGGCUGGCUAAGCAAGUCUCAUUUGAACUUUUCCCUGAACUUGAGAACUUGGGUAAUGCAGCUGGUGUCACGGAAAGGAUAAAUUUGGCAAUUUGGCAGGCAAGUUUACAGAAGUUCUGGAACUCCUCUCCUUAUUAUUUGGCAGAUGAAAGUGAUGUUUUGAAGAAAACGAAAGGAAUGGAUAUAGAAAGAUUCUCGGAUAAGAAGUCGGAGAGGGACAAGGCAAAGCCACCAUUGGACAAAUUCAUAAGAAUGGAGCCUGAUUAUGUUCCUGCAGAACUAGCUGAAGGUGGAAGGAAGAGGAGAGAUAACACAGACGGAAUGCGUUGGACCCCAGAUUUAGACAUGGGAAAAUUGGAUCUUUUGGAAAAGCUUGAUCAAAAGUCUAAGGGCGAUGAUGAAAAGAAAAAAGAUGGUGAAGACGAGGACGAAGAUCCAGAGGAGAAGGUUGGAGAGGAAGAAGAAGAAUUUAGUGAUGAUGGAGAUUACAAUCAGAAUCUUUAUGAUUACGAUGACGAUGAAGACGACUACAACAUGAAUGAAGAUAAUAAUGAUGAUGCCAUGUAUUGAAGGUUGCUUGGUGGAGUGAUUUUUGCUUACCACUCUGGACUGGUAUUCUGUGGAAUCAGUCGAGGUGCGCGAAAGCUAGCUCGAAUACUCCUUGUAAAUUAACAACUAUUUAAUUCAAGACAAUCUAAAAAGCACUAAUUGUGGGUCACAGCUUUUUCUUCUUUGUUUGGGCAGCAUACCCUCGUGUCUCAUCUCCUAUAGUUAGGAGCAUUUGAAAGAUUAUUUUCGCCGCGAAACAUAAAUUUAUGUUUUAAAGAAA